UAAUAAGUCAUUCAACUGUAUCAUUUCAAAAUUUCUCCAAUUUCGAUACCUCCGCCAAAUUUUCUUCUUCAUUCUUCCUAAUCAUAUACUCUUCUCUCUCUCUCUGAGCUGUUUCAUCAAAACUCCAUUCUCAGAAAACCCUCUACACCUCACUUCUCAAGUUCAAACCCUAACUCCAUCCUUUUCUCUCUCAUUAAAAUACAUUUAAUUAGGUACACGGGCAAGACGCUCCACUAUAAACAAUUGAUAUUUGAUUAUUUUUAAUCAAAAUCGUUUUUGAAUGGUUCUUCACUGAUGGCGUCAUCGGCGUUCAAAUCCACUACUCGGAGAACCACCGUAGGUGGAAGUCCUGCCGGAGCCGACGACUCCUCCGGCUCCUCUAGUAACAAAGCUCAUCGCCGUUCUAGAAGUCUGAGCCGAUUCUCCCACGGGCCUCGGCGCUUUGAGGAGCCUGCGCAGGCUGACUUAGGCUACAAUGCUGCUCCGCGUGGGAAAUUUGUUAAUACGACUAGAGGAUCGGGAGUUCCUGAAAUUAGCCUUGAUGAUUUGGCUAUAGAAUUCUUCUCUCAGGAGGAGGAGAGAGAAAAUAGUGACCGUGGCCGGUCAGGAAAGCGUGCGUCGGGGAUUGGGCAUUGGGCGAGCGAAACGGCGUCGUCGACGAGGCGGGGUAGGUCAGUGUCGAGGCAGGGUUCGAAGACCUCUGCUAGUGAUCGGAAAAGCGUUACUGCUGAUCGUUCCCGGAGUAACAUAGCUACUUCAGAUGCCAGUUCGAGAAGGAGGAGGUCCGUUUCUGCUGUUCGUUAUCAGAUUAGCGACUCUGAGAGUGAUGCAGAUCAUUUUCGAAAUUCCAGCAGCCGAAUUGACAUCAAGAAGAAUCAGAGCAUCAGGCUCACUGACUUCCCUUCAUCGCUGAAACCAACAACUGUAAAUAGUCCACAAUUAAGGAGGUCUUUUAGCCAAAAAGACAUGUCGCAAUUGCAUGAUGGCUACUCUAGUCACUCUUCUGCCUUGACUGACGAUGACACAAAGGAUGCUCUUACCUGUAAAAAUGGCAUCGAGAAAACCAUUCGAGCGGUUUAUGCGCAGAAAAAGGGUGAGCAUCCAAAUGGAGAUGUUGUGAAUGGUGAACUGUACGAAGCUAUGAGAAAAGAACUCAGGCAUGCUGUUGAAGAAAUCAAAACUGAACUUGAACAGACCAUGGGGAAGAAAAUUAGUGGCGCCAAGUCAGGUCAUGAGGCCAGAAAGAAUCAUGUAACAAAAUUGGAGCAGGAAGACCAAAGAGGUAGGGCUGAUACAAAAAAUUCUGUUGUUGCGCAGAAACAACCACGUAGGAAGAGAAGCAAUGAUAGAAACAGGACAUCAAAACAAUUGAAUGAGGAGGCAGAGAAGUUUUUUGAGGAUUUCAUUGCAAAUAUAGAAGAUACAGAUUUUUCUUCUUUUGAUGGAGAAAGAAGUGAUGCAAGUUCAACAUUAGGAGGAAUAGCUAAGCCAAGGGACAGUUUUACUUAUGGGGAAGCAGUUAACCAAAGUCCUGCAGGAGCUAAUUGUCAUCCUGUUGGAACUGAUGGGGUUAUCUUACCUUGGUUGCAGUGGGAGACAAGCAACGAUGGUUCUUUCACUCCCAAGAAUGAAGUGCCAACUCCUGUUAGUAGGAAAACGUCAAUAUGUGAUGCAAGACAGGACGUCACCUCCCCUCAGAAUGAUCGUAGUUAUUCCAUCAGCAGCCAUGGGAGUUGGAGCCCAGCAAUUCUGCACAGUCAACCGAAGAAUAGAGCAAUCUAUACAGUUGAAGAUGGUGGAGACGUAUCCGGAGAACUUGAAAGUUGCCAAAGUUCAGGAUUUGAUAUGGCUGAAUAUAACAGACUUCAACGAAGUGAAGAGCUAUUGUUUGAAAGGUACAGAGAACGAAAUAGAAUUAGUUUAGGUGGUCUUUUACUUUGUGGCCAUUUUCUCUAGUUACUUUAUGUUGCUGAUACUCAUUUGCAGCUAGUAAAGUAUAUAAAUUACUCGAGUUAUUUUGGAGUACCAAAACUUACGUGUAGUCAUUCUUGAAAGUUGGAAUACGCUACAAAGUAGUUCAUACAUGCCCA